GCUCAGCUUCUGCAAUGUGACCUGCCUGAAACUUGGGCGCUCCUUCAGUCAGGAUGUCCAUGGCGGGACAAAGGGGAUCCUGGACCAUGGGCGAUGUGGUAGAGAAGAGUUUGGAAGGGCCCCUGGCACCCUCUACAGAAGAGCCCUCCCAGAAAAGUGGAGAAUUGGUAGAAAUCUUAAAUGGGGAGAAGGUGAAAUUUGACGACUCAGGGCUGUCCUUAAUUCUUCAGAGCGGCCUGGAGACCCUCCGAGUGGAAAACGCUCUGACAGAUGUCAUCUUGUGUGUGGACAUUCAGGAAUUCUCCUGCCACCGCGUGGUGCUUGCUGCGGCCAGCAACUACUUCAGGGCCAUGUUCUGCAAUGACUUAAAGGAAAAGUAUGAGAAGAGGAUCAUCAUUAAAGGGGUGGACGCCGAGACCAUGCACACGCUCCUGGACUACACAUACACCAGCAAGGCGCUCAUCACCAAGCAGAACGUCCAACGGGUCCUGGAAGCUGCCAACCUCUUCCAGUUCCUGCGGAUGGUGGAUGCCUGCGCCAGCUUCCUCACAGAAGCCUUGAACCCAGAAAACUGUGUUGGAAUCCUGAGGUUGGCAGACACACACUCUUUGGACAGUCUAAAGAAGCAAGUUCAGAAUUACAUCAUUCAAAACUUUGUGCAGAUUCUGAACUCCGAGGAGUUCCUUGAACUUCCCGUGGACACUCUGUACCACAUCUUGAAGAGUGACGACCUUUAUGUGACUGAGGAAGCUCAGGUGUUUGAGACUGUGAUGAGCUGGGUCCGCCACAAACAGUCAGAGCGACUCUGCUUGCUCCCCUGUGUUCUCGAGAACGUGCGCUUGCCACUUCUGGACCCAUGGUACUUUGUGGAGACGGUCGAAGCAGAUCCUCUCAUCAGACAGUGCCCAGAGGUCUUCCCACUGCUCCAGGAAGCCAGGAUGUACCACCUUUCUGGCAAUGAGAUCAUUUCGGAGCGCACCAAGCCCAGGAUGCACGAAUUCCAAUCUGAGGUGUUCAUGAUCAUUGGUGGCUGUACAAAGGACGAACGGUUUGUGGCAGAGGUAACCUGCCUGGAUCCCCUGAGGCGCAGUCGCCUGGAGGUGGCCAAGCUCCCAUUGACUGAGCAUGAGCUGGAGAUUGAGAAUAAGAAGUGGGUGGAGUUUGCAUGCGUGACAUUAAAAAAUGAGGUCUACAUCUCAGGUGGCAAAGAAACACAGCAUGAUGUUUGGAAAUACAAUUCUUCAAUCAACAAGUGGAUUCAGAUUGAAUAUUUAAACAUCGGCCGCUGGAGGCAUAAAAUGGUGGUGUUGGGUGGCAAGGUCUAUGUCAUUGGAGGUUUUGAUGGCUUACAGAGGAUCAACAAUGUGGAGACCUACGACCCCUUCCACAACUGCUGGUCGGAGGCUGCACCCCUCCUUGUCCAUGUCAGUUCCUUUGCUGCCACCAGCCACAAGAAGAAGCUCUAUGUGAUUGGGGGAGGGCCUAAUGGAAAACUGGCCACAGACAAAACUCAGUGUUAUGACCCUUCCACCAAUAAAUGGACUUUAAAGGCAGCCAUGCCUGUGGAGGCUAAAUGCAUCAAUGCAGUGAGUUUCCGGGACCGCAUCUAUGUUGUUGGAGGGGCCAUGAGAGCGCUGUACGCCUACAGCCCUCUGGAGGACAGCUGGUGCCUGGUGACGCAGCUCAGCCACGAGCGGGCCAGCUGCGGCAUCGCGCCCUGCAACAACCGGCUCUACAUCACCGGCGGGCGGGACGAGAAGAACGAGGUCAUCGCCACUGUACUGUGCUGGGACCCCGAGGCUCAGAAACUGACGGAGGAGUGCGUCCUGCCCCGGGGGGUGUCGCACCACGGCAGCGUCACCAUCAGGAAGUCCUACACCCACAUCCGGAGGAUCGUGCCCGGAGCUGUGUCUGUGUGACUGACAAGGGACCCUGGAGGGCGCCACCGGAAGCACUUAGUUCUACCUUGCGCCCUUCAUCCGUGUCCACCCGCAGGCUCCGCUUGUGUUUAAGGCCAUGCAUCGGGAGCGCACCCGGCUUGCUCUGGGGCACCUAGCAAGUCACAACUUUGGAACACUUGAAAAUGGCCAGGAAUGUUUGCAUGACCUACCUCAGGAGGAAGGAUGGAAGAAGAGUAAUAUUUAACAUUUGCGACACUUCUACCCUAUGCCAGGUCUUUUUCUAUAUUAACUCAUUUAACCAUGGGAAUGACCGCCUGCUGGGAUAUUGUCACUCUAGUCUGAGAAGAAACUGAGUUUCAGAAAGGUCAAGUGGCUUGCCCCCGGGUACUCAUUUAGCAAGUAGCUAUGCCAGGAGUAUAAACCCAAGUCUUUCCAGUUCAAAGCCAAUGUCCUCCCCACCAUGUGCCUAACUGAGAGGAGGAAAAUCAAAACCCAAACCUGACUCAGGUCUUGUUCUGGCCAGUCUGUUAGAAGAUUGACUCAGCAAGGCAGGGAAAUAAAGGUGUUUCUUUUUC